GUUUGUUUUGCGGUUCUCCUUGCGCAGUCAACUCGGGAGCAGCAAUAAUGGAGUACAGGAACAAGCUCGUUCUCGCUCCCAUGGUUCGAGUCGGAACGCUGCCAUUUAGAUUACUAGCUUCUGAUUACGGUGCAGAUAUUACAUACGCCGAGGAAAUUAUUGAUCACAAGAUUAUCAAAUGCGACCGCAUUGUUAAUGAAUAUAUCGGAUCAACUGAUUUUGUUGAGAAGGGAACUGAUAAUGUUGUCUUCAGAACCUGCGAUCAAGAAAGGGAUCGAGUUGUAUUUCAAAUGGGCACUUCUGAUGCUGUGAGGGCUCUAAAGGCUGCUGAAAUAGUGUGUAAAGAUGUUGCUGUGGUAGAUAUCAAUAUGGGUUGUCCCAGGCCAUUUUCUGUGAGUGGUGGCAUGGGUGCUGCUUUGUUGUCAAAGCCUGAUCUCAUACAUGAUAUUUUAACAACUUUAAGGAGGAACAUAGACACUCCAGUAACAUGCAAGAUUCGACUUUUAAAUUCAUCCCAUGAUACAGUAGAACUUGCGAGGAGAAUUGAGAAGACUGGUGUUUCUGCUCCUGCUGUCCAUGGAAGAAAAGUAGCAGAUAGGCCAAGGGAUCCAGCUGAGUGGAAUGAUAUUGCUGAUAUUGUGUCAUCAUUGUCUAUUCCAGUUAUUGCAAAUGGUGAUGUUUUUGAAUAUGAUCAUAUCGAGCGCAUUAAAGUUGCAACAGGUGCUUCAUCUGUUAUGGUUGCAAGAGGUGCUCUCUGGAAUGCUUCAAUUUUCUCUCCCAAAGUAAAAGAACAUUGGGAAGAUGUGAAAAAGGAGUAUGUUAGGAAGAGCAUAUUAUGGGUUGUGCAUCUUGGUUAUACAACUCCAAGAUAUGUAUCUCAGCUAUGUCACUGGAAUGAAUAUGUAUUCAUCAUCGGAAAGUCUAUGGGGAAGAAGAAUAUUACGAGUUGAUUAGUGCGAACAGAUUCACUCUCAAUGGAUAUAGAUGGCUGUGCACCAAGAACCUCCAGUAGGCUGAAGCCUAACAGUCGGUAAAUGGAUGGGAUGAGCUCGUAAAAAUGAGGUAUCCCCCACAAACCAACCUAGGAAUCUAAGGGUUCCUGCCGUUGUAUCUUAGUGAAAUAUACAUGUAAAUAGCACUUAUUUCUGCAAUGUUUUGAUCUUUUAAAUUAAAUUAUGUCAAGAGUGGUGAAGCUGGCGUCCAGUGUUCUUAUGCUU